UUUCACGCCGGAAGACAAUAGAAGCACGGGCUUUCGUGUGCAUUGUAAUCUUAUCUCUUUCCCUCCCAAAAUCCUUUAGCCUAGGGGAGCCAGAACAUGGCAGCACCAGCCACACCAGGACUUCUUCAGGCUCCGUCCUUCUGUGCGGCCAAGUGCCUUCCGGCGGUGAGCCGGCCAGCUUCCCGGCGAGCUCCGUUUGCCGUGCGAGCCUCGGCUUCUGACACCGCCAAGUACUCCGUCCUCAAGGCCUUCCGCGAGAACAGGGCUCUCAAGAUUAUUUCUGGGCUUCAGAAUUUCGACAGGAGCAAUGUUGCAGCUGUUGUCACAGCUGCAGAUAAGGGAGGCGCCACCCAUGUUGAUAUAGCAUGUGAUGAGGAGUUGAUAAAGCUUGCUCUUGAUCUUACUACCCUUCCGAUUUGUGUCUCAUCUGUAGAUCCUUCAAGCUUCCAUUCUGCAGUACAAGCUGGUGCCAAAAUGGUUGAGAUUGGAAAUUAUGAUUCUUUCUACGAGAUGGGCAUUGAAUUCUCUUCGGAGCAGAUUCUAAAUCUGACAAGGGAGACAAGGAAGAUGCUUCCAGAUAUCACAUUGUCAGUAACAGUUCCUCACACACUGAGCCUGCCAGAUCAGAUGAGACUUGCAGAGCUACUCGAAGAGGAAGGUGCUGACAUCAUCCAAACCGAAGGUGGAAAAUGUUCUAUUCCGACAAAGCCUGGAGUUCUUGGAUUAAUUGAAAAGGCAACACCAACACUGGCCGCGGCAUACUCCAUCUCUCGGGCUGUCAGUAUUCCGGUGAUGUGCUCAUCAGGGCUAAGUUCAGUGACGGCACCGAUGGCGGUAACUGCAGGAGCUGCUGGUGUGGGAGUCGGUUCUGCUGUCAACAAACUCAACGACGUCGUGGCGAUGAUCGCAGAGGUGAGAAGCAUUGCGCAAGCAAUGGGGCUGCCUUCGAGAAAUGUGUCCGAGCACUUGAGAACAGUUCAUCACUAGUGCCAGGAACCCCCCUUGUUUUUCUGAGCAAACUUGAACAGCCAAUAGGAAGUAAACAAAACAUGCAACAGUUCCUGCUUCCUCUUGCCUCUGCCACUUUUCUUGUUAAGCUCACACACCAAGCUUCAGAUAGAUUGUGGUUUGGGGACACCAUUUGUGCAAGUCCAUUGAGAUCUUGCUCCUGCAAA